UGAUUAGAGUUUAGGGUUUAGUAUUUAAAAGGCGAGGUGGUAUAGUUAGGUCAUCAUUAACUUCUUUCCAUGCAAUUAUAUACAUUUUAUAAUUUUACCAGUAUGUAUUGUGUUAUUUAUUUUGUUCUAUUCUAUUUGGGUUUAAAGAUUAUAUUUGGGUUUAGGGUUUAGGGUUUAGGAUUUAUGGUUUAUGAUUUAGGGUUUAAUCAAUACAACUUGUCUGUGUGAGAUCUUUUAUGCAUAAUCUAUUUGAAAUAGAAUAUAAAAAAUUAUAUGUUCGAACUAUUCUAUUUGAGAUAGAAUCGAUUAACAAACUAUUCUACUUGAGAUGAAAUUGCAUGAUCUGUAACAAAUGCGCUAUCGUUCUGCAUCAUCGUAAUGUUUGAAAUAUAAAAAGUUCAUUUCUAUAUAAAAUACAAUGGAUUACUCUGUUAUAACCAUGUUUCCAGAUAUUAUCAUUUGAAAAGCAUCGAAUACUUACAACACAUAUAUCUUGGCCUGUAAUACGUGAAUUAUGCUAUUUAUCUAUAUGGAAUAGCAAUUUUAAUAACAUCAAAUAUCCAUUACAUUUACAUAUGUUUUGUUACACAUACAAAUAUUAUUACCUAAUGUCGAUGCAUACUCUUUCAUCAUAUGUAUGAAAUAUUUCUGAUGUACGCUUUCAGUACAGUUCUGUGAUUGUUAAUAAGCCACAAAAAAAUAACCACGUCAUUUACUUUAGACAAUGCAACUGGAAACUUAAUGCUGGUAAGGGUAUAACCGGUUAGAUUGAGUGCAAAAAACCUAACAUUUAAUUAUGUCAAAAUCAUGACUACUUCCUUAAUUUGACACUCAUAUAUGGCUAUCUCACUAAUAAGCCCUUAACUAAUCUAAAUCUAGGGUUUAGAGUUAUAGGAUUUGAUUUUUAAGAGAGAGUUUCAAAAUAAAAUAAAAUAAAACUAUUUUGCUAUUUUUAUAACAAAAACUUUAAAAUAUAUAUUUAAAAGAAUUUUUCUUUUUCUUAUAAGUUGUUGUUUUUUCAAACAACUUGGUUUACUGCUCUAAUCCUUUUACAAUUCUUGGUGUUACACAGCAACGACAUUAUCAGUCACAAUGUCUACCUACUACUAGAGACAAAAUCGAUUAUAAACAAAUCAGAAAUUUAUUAUAGUUUCGAUGUAACAGUUGGUACCUGCUAAUAUGGAUCUGGAAAAUACACUAAUAGGUAUAUAUUAAAAACAUAAAUUGUCGUAAAUCUAAUAGAAAAGUGUGUUGAGGAAAGGACGUAGAGGUUCGAAAUACUGACGUGCACACACACACGUGAGAGGCAAAAACUGUAUUUUAGCCGCAUGAAUCUCGUCUCCUGUUUUAUUACAAGGUCAACUUCUGGUCUCUCUCUCACUUCUAAAUCUUACUUAAUUAGUAGAUUCUGAUUUCAAAUCUAAGCCAAUUAAUAAUUAAAUAAACGUAACUUCAAAUUCAAAUAUUAAUUAUAAAAAAAUUUAAAAGCCUCGGUUUUAUGAUCACACACCUCACAUAGAAGCUUCUUCGGACUUCACAGUCUUCACUAUAUAUCUUUUGACUGUUUUCUCAAUCUUACCACUGAAAACAAACACAAGAAGCUCAAAAUCGAAUGGCGUCGAUCACCUGUUCCUCUGACCAACGUCUUUCCACAAGCAAGAGACGUUUAAAGCCGUUGAUGUUAAGAGAUUACUUACUCGAUGACCUCAGCUCUUGUUCAUCCAACGGCUUCAAAUCGUUCCCUCGUCGUCAACCUCCUUCAUCAUCAUCCACCGUUCGUCGUCUCCUCGACGCUGAGAUCAAACGGUCAGGAUUGAGCCAUCAUCAUCACCACAAGCCACGUCUCACUAGACGAAGCCGUACGAGUUGCGGAACGGCCAUAAGUCACGCCGUUCAUAAAGCUUCGACGGCGUUUCUCAACGCCGUGAAACUUAUACCAUUCCAUGCAACCGUUACGUCACGGAAAGGAGAUCAGAAACAACAAGGCGUUUUCUCUAGAAGUUUCUCUAAACGGCUCUUGAGCAAACGCUUCUGGAGAAAACCGGUAAGUCAAUCUCGCCGUGAAGUAACGGUCGAACUCGGAGACGGAGAGAUUCAAUGGUGGAUAUCCGCCGCGUUUUUCCCUGACGAAGAGAAUUUAGAUCAACCGCCCGAUCUGGUUUCUCAAAUCUCCGCCGUCGCCGACGAGGCAGCAACACUCUCGGCCUCCGAAGCUGCGGCGGUCAUCACCACCGAGAAACUUAUCUCCGGUUGUGACUCGUCGAGUUCCGGUAGCGUGUUUUUCACGAACUCGUCGUCGUCGGAGGCUGUACAGUCUUCUUCUUCAUCGGUCUCAUCAACGACGACGAGCGGUGAAGCUGAAGAAGUGUCGACCAGAAACGACGCCGUGGUUGAGAGCGAAGAGAGUUUAAACGCACGUGACUGUGACGGAUCAUCUGUCAACGGCAACAGCAUGUGUAACAGAGAGGAAAGUGUGAAUGAAGAAAAGGAACAACUUAGUCCAGUAUCAAUCCUGGAGUGUCCUUUUCAAGACGAUGAUGAUGACGAUGAUGAUGAAGAGGAUGCAAUCACUGAUCAUAUUUCCCAUCAAAAAGAUACAUACAAGAAAACUGCAAGAAAAAGCAGGAGGUUUAAUGGUUCUGUACGUCUUGAGCCACUAAACCUGGAGAAAUUCAUAGAGAAGCAAGUAGAGAGUAAAGAAGAUGAGUACUCAUAUCACACACAAGAAACAGAAGAGGACGGAUCAGAAAGCCGAGCAAACCGCUUGUUUGCUCUGGUGAAGUUAACAAUCGGUGAAACAAACAACAUACUACUGGCUUCUAACAUAGCGGAUAAUCUAUUAUUAGAUUAUUUUCAAGAAGAUUAUAUUGGGCCAAAAGAAGAGGCGUUAAUGGUGAAAAAAGUAGAAGAUUGGGUGAUGGAUAGACAAGAUGAGAUGUUUCUGAGCUGGGAAGUUAGAGAGAUGAGACAAGUUUAUGUGAAGGAAAUGAAAUGGGGUUGCAUUAAUGAGGACGAGAGCGAGUGUGUGGUUGAAGAUUUGGCUAAUGGACUCUUCACUUUAUUGGUGGAUGAAUUUAUCAGCGACUUAGCUUCGUGAUAAAUAGUUUUUUAUAUGGGGGGGGGGGGAGAGAAGUUAAGAUUUUGACAUUUUGUUGAAGAUUAGAAUUCAUAAUGUAUUAGAAAUAUGUUAUCUCGGAAUAAAACUAUAUGUUGUUUGAUAUAAGGGGAAUGCUUAUAUAUUUGUUUUUCAAACUUAAGAGUCUAGAGUGAGAGUUAGAGU